GGCAAAGAUAAUAUGAAGAAAGCGGUAAUUUUCGCAGUUGAAAGUUGAUUUGUUGACAGCGGAAAUAUUGUGUUAUGUGAAAAUUUGUACACUGUUCAUAUUCGUCAGAAAUGUGUGGAAGAACGGCUUGUACACUUGACCCAGAAUGUAUAUGCAAGGCAACUACUUAUCGUAGGAAGGACUCGAACACUUAUUGUCUUCCAGAGUGGAAACACAUGGAUGACAAGUACCAUGUCUACAGACCAUCAACAAACAUUGCACCAACGGAAGUUUUACCUGCUAUUAUAUCAGGACAUCAGCUGGGCAAAACGUCCGAUAGAAUAAUUGUCCCAAUGAUCUGGGGAAUGAUACCACCAUGGCACAAGGGUGACUACAGAACACAUGGUCUGACAACUCAUAACAUCCGUGAUGAUAAUCUCUUCCUAUCAAAAUUGUACCUCCCAGUCUUCAAACAGAGUAAUCGUUGUGUAGUUCUUUGUGAUGGUUUUUAUGAAUGGAAGAAAGAGGAGGGUGGCCGUGGUAAACAGCCAUAUUUUAUCUACAUGCCACAGUCACUUGGGAUUGAUAUAUAUGACAGGAAAACAUGGAAUCUUGAGUGGACUGCAGAAGGAGGCUGGAAAGGACCAAGGCUUUUGGCCCUAGCAGGACUUUACAAUAUCUGGGUGUCUCCUGAGGGUGAUAAAGUAUACAGUUGUUCUGUCUUCACGACCACACCAAAUGAUGAUUUUAAAUACAUCCAUCACAGGAUCCCAGUUGUUUUGGAGAAUGAUGAAGCCAUUGAGAUGUGGCUCGAUGUAGCGGGAAAGGCGCCAAUUGAUGCUGUGGCAUUGUUGAAAGCCCCAAAGUUGCUUGCUUAUCAUCCUGUAUCAAAUAUUGUGAAUAAUUCACGUAAUAAAGAUGAUGAGUGCAUGAAGCCUAUUGAUCCUAAUCGCCCUAAACUAGGUGCGAGUGCUGCCUUAAUGGAAUCUUGGUUAAAGCAGAAGUAUGGUUCCUUGAAAAGACCCGAGGAAAAUGCUAUGGUCACAGAAGUGAAUGAGGAUGCCAAGCGAGUCAAAGUAGCAGAACAGCAGCAACAACAGCAGGAGCAACGACGCCCACAACUUCAGGUUCAGCAGCAACAAGAUGUCGAUAUGCGGGAACAGGAAGAGGAGGAGGAAAUGGAAGAUGAUGAAGAGGAGGAUGAGGAUGAUGACAUAGAAGAAGAUGAAGAUGAAGUUGCUGAAGAGGAGGAAGAUGAAGAUGAGGAAGCAGUUGAUGAUGAAGAAAAUGAUGACGAUGAUGAUGACGAAGAUGAUGAUGAAGUAAUGGAUGAUGAAGAAGAUGAUGAUGAUGAUGACGACGAGGAAGAUGAUGAGAUAGAAGAAGAGGAAGAAGAAAACUCAGUUAAAAUGGAGCCGGAAUCAGAUGUUGCUGCCAGUAGUGGUGAUGAAGAAAGGGCAGAUGUUGCUGGGUCAGGAACACUGACAACCUCUGCAGAGUUGUGUACUGUCACGUCUGUACUUGAAACAUAAGUACAAGGAAGGUUUCUACAGACUGGCUGCCAAUGCUUGAAGAAGAAUUUUGACAUUUUGUAUUAUAUUCAGUUGUUUAAAGUCUACCAGUUUAUUUUUACAUAAGAUGAGUAGAAAAAAUUAGGAGUUAAAAUUUCAGAGUGUACGUAUAGAGGCUACUGUGACUAUACAACUCGACACCAAAACAUUGAAAACCAAACAAUAAUUUACAGUUUCAGUGAGAGUUCUGUAAGUUAUACGCCCCUGACGCCCAUACCACUGUUACAUACCAUGCUGGAUCAGUGUCUAUAGCAGCAUUAAGCUCAUAAUGAAUCUUCAUAAGAAAAGUUUCAAACUGCCAUUAGCAUUAGUAAAUAUUAAAUGCUCCUCAACAAAAAAGUGUAUUUAAAUAUAUCUGUAUUU